UUUUCCAAAUCACCAAGAAUGAAGCUUUUCCUGAAACUUGUGAACUAUUGUGAUACCCCUUCAUCAAAGAUAAACAAAACAGAUGUAUAAUUACCUUCUGAGACAUGAAUCAUCUUGGCCCGGAGUUCACAGACCUGUUUGCCUUUAUAAAAGCUUCCCAAGGUCGAAGUGCAAACGUGUACUAUCUGCUGCUCACAUACUGACUGAUAAGGUUUUCCAAAUCAGCUUUAAAGAGAUGAAGAUACUACAGGCAUCUGGCCUUUCUUUUCUCCUGAUCACUGCUUUGAAAUUGUCAGCUAUUGCUUCAACCUUAUUUGUAUCUCCUGCCAGGUCAACAAGGAGGGACUAUUAUAUUGCACAGGCAUACCUUGACAGAUACUACACAAAAAAAGGAGGACAUCAGAUUGGAGAGAUAGUUGUAAAAGGACGCAAUACCAUGGAAAGGAAAAUUAAAGAAAUGCAAGCAUUCUUUGGCCUCCAGGUCACUGGGAAAUUGGAUUAUUCUACUAUGAAGGUAAUGAAGAGGCCUCGAUGUGGUGUUCCUGAUAUUGCAAAUUACCGUCUGUUCCCAGGUGAACCCAAGUGGAAAAAGAACACUUUGACUUACAGAGUCUCAAAAUAUACAUCCUCAAUGAGCCAUGCUGAAGUUGACAAGGCAGUAGACAUGGCCUUACAGGCUUGGAGUAAUGCUGUUCCUCUGAAUUUUGUUCGACAAAACACAGGAGAAGCAGAUAUUAUGAUCUCAUUUGAACUCGGAGAUCAUGGGGAUUCAUACCCAUUUGAUGGUCCUCGAGGAACUCUGGCCCAUGCAUUUGCCCCUGGAGAAGGCCUGGGAGGAGACACCCAUUUCGACAAUGCUGAGAAGUGGACUAUGGGAACGAAUGGAUUCAAUUUAUUCACUGUUGCUGCCCAUGAAUUUGGUCAUGCAUUGGGAUUGGCCCAUUCUAGUGACCCCUCAGCACUGAUGUAUCCCACUUACAGGUAUCAACAUCCCUAUGGAUUUCGCCUCCCCAAGGACGAUGUGAAAGGGAUCCAGGCAUUAUACGGACCUCGCAAAGCAGUCACUGAAAGACCCAAUGUGCCCCACAUUCCUCCUCACAAGCCAUCAGACCCUGAUAUCUGUGACUCCACCUCAUCCUUUGAUGCUGUUACAAUGUUAGGGAAGGAAUUACUGUUCUUCAAAGACAGGAUUUUCUGGAGACGGCAAGUUCACCUGGCAGCUGGAAUCAGGCCUAGUACCAUCACCAGCUCCUUUCCCCAGCUCAUGUCAAAUGUGGAUGCAGCUUAUGAAGUGACUGAGAAGGGCAUAGCAUUUUUUUUCAAAGGUCCUCACUACUGGAUAACAAGAGGAUUCCAAAUGCAGGGUCCUCCCAGAACCAUCUAUGAUUUUGGGUUCCCCAGGCAUGUGCAGCAAAUAGAUGCAGCUGUCUACCUAAGGGAGCCCCGGAAGACUCUCUUCUUUGUUGGGGAGGAUUACUACAGUUAUGAUGAAGUAAAAAGGAAAAUGGAAAAAGAUUACCCAAAGAAUAUUGAAGAAGAAUUUUCAGGAAUAACUGGCAAAAUUGAUGCUGCUGUUGAAGUGAAUGGUUACCUUUACUUCUUUUCAGGACCAAAAGCCUAUAAAUAUGAUAUAGAGAAGGAAGAUGUGGUUAAUGUGGUGAAAUCUAGUUCCUGGAUUGGUUGCUAAGUAAGAACAUAAAGUAUGAAGAUUACUGGAAAGAGCUGACGACUGGAUCAUGAGAAUAGAAGCAUAAUGUAGGAUAGAAUUCAUCCUGGAGAGGCUGACAUUUUAGAGAGCACUGACUUACACAGUGGUAGCAAAAGAAACUACUCAGUGAAAAGGAAAAUUGAACUUGUCGAUUCCAUCACCAUCAUUAAUUCAAUGAGUUCAUACUGUGUCAGAUUCAGCUAAUUUAUUGUAGCAUUUUAGUGAUCAGGAUGAAUUCCCCAAAUUAAUAUCUCAAUUUUCCCUUCCCUUGAUUUACUAAGAAACUUUGGUCUGUUGUUUCUUAUCAGGAGGAAGGCCUCUUAAGGUAUCCUGAUACAUAUGACAAAUGUUUUCAUUGACUAGAAAAACUAUUGGCUGCAUUGUCAACAUAGGCAAUUGGCAUUUGCAUUACUGCAAUUUGCUGUGCAUUUUUUUUAAAUGUCCUGUUACUAUUAAAAAAGCCAU